ACUUGAUUUAUUGUGAGAAGGACCUCUCUAUGACUGGCAUUAAACUUGUAACUAUCCUAAAACAGGUAGUCAAAGAAUCAAUUCCAACCUUAAAAUCGCCUAUGGCAGAUAAACAAAUUCUGGUUUCUGAAAAUAUAAAAACAAAGUGUCAAAAAAUUCCUUAUAAUCAAAAAGUAGAGCAAGAUUUAAGGUGA